AUGGAGGACAACGUGUGCCACAGCAAUCGAGAACAACUUGGACUUCAGUUUACCAUCGACUAUUUGUUGUACAAUAAGGGACGCAACACUGGAAGAGCAGAACCAGAGGACAAUGUCAAUCCAUCAGAGGAUUUUCAAACCACAGUAAAUGAACCUGAACAAAGAACUCUCUCAGAACAGGACAGUGAAAAAUCAGAGGAACAGGAAAACAACGAGGAUCACGAGAACUCAAACGUAAAGAGCGAAGGAACAGACGAGAAGCCAGCUCAGUCCUACAUUGCCCUCAUUUCAAUGGCCAUCCUGGAUUCAGACGAAAAGAAGCUCCUGCUAUGUGACAUUUACCAGUGGAUCAUGGAUCACUAUCCUUACUUCAAAAGCAAGGACAAGAACUGGAGGAACAGUGUCAGACACAAUCUGUCUUUAAACGAGUGCUUCAUCAAAGCUGGUCGCAGUGACAAUGGCAAGGGUCAUUUCUGGGCAAUUCACCCGGCCAACUUUCAAGACUUCUCAAAUGGGGACUACCACCGGCGGAGAGCUCGGAGAAGGAUCCGCAGGGUAACAGGGCAGCUGCCCUUCGCUCUGCCUACACAUUACCAAACCCUGGGCCGCCUGAAACGGACACCGUGCUGGUGUUGCCCACCGUCCCAUCCAUUAUUGUGCUUCCCGCCUAGAGUCUACUGGAGCUGGGCUGCACUUCAGACACAACGCACACCGGCCCUUCAUGGACUCAUAUAA